AUGAGAGAUGCCCAUAAUGUGCAGACUUCGAGCAUCUACAGUAUGAGAAUUGUCCUUACGUUGUCAGCAUGGGCAGAGGUUUAUGAAAAGACCGUUGUAGCUUCUUUCGCUGUUAUCCGUGGAGACUCCAAGGUCUCCGGCACUGUCACUUUCGAGCAGGCCAACGAGAACACACCCACCACCAUCUCCUGGAACAUCACUGGCCACGACGCCAACGCUGAGCGUGGCUUCCACGUCCACCAGUUCGGUGACAACACCAACGGCUGCACCUCCGCUGGCCCUCACUUCAACCCCUUCGGCAAGACCCACGGUGCUCCCGAGGACGACGAGCGUCACGUCGGUGACCUUGGCAACUUCAAGACCGAUGCCGAGGGUAACGCCGUUGGCUCUAAGCAGGACAAGCUGGUGAAGCUCAUCGGUGCCGAGAGCGUCCUGGGCCGGACCCUGGUCGUCCACGCUGGUACUGAUGACCUCGGCCGUGGUGGCACCGAGGAGUCCAAGAAGACCGGUAACGCUGGUCCUCGUCCCGCCUGCGGUGUCAUCGGCAUUGCCGCUUAAGUGCCUAAAUCAGUCUCCAAAGCUGUUCGACUAGGAUGUGAAGAGCUAGAACAGAAUGAAUAGUCUGCUAUUAUCUCGUCGACAACAGGAAUAAAAUGAAUGCACGAAUGACUUGAUGCCAACUGUUAUGAUAACCGGCAUUUUUGCCAGACUGUAUCGAAGCGCUGAUUAGCUCCGCUGUGGGUAGUACAGAAUGUAACCAUUUUACUGGAAGUAUUAGCUUUCUACUUUGACGUCCAAGUAGUACAUGUCAAGAUGCACAGUCUCAUCAUCGUCUCCUUUGUGGUUGUACUCG